GGGGACACAUGCGAGUGAUUCCGGAGAUCGGGAGCGGGUUCAGCUUCACAUAUUGACGGGAGAAGAGCUUCUGAGGAGUGGAGAGUAUAAACAAGAUGGUUUUGUGUGCAGAGUAACGAGGAGAUGGCUCCGGGACCAGUGGACACCAGGAUACAACAAGCAGAAGAUUUGUUUAUGAGAAUCUCAAACACAACAUCAGCAAAUUCACACUGGGGAGAGGCCGUUCACCUGCUCUGAGUGUGGGAAGGGAUUCACUCGGACAUUCCAGUUGAUGAUGCACCAACAAAUUCCCAGAGAAGAGGCCGUGUAUCUGCACUGAGUGUGGGAAGCGCUUCCUUGAGUCAUCCCACCUGCUGACACACCGGCGUGUUCAUACUGGGUAGUGGCCGUUCUCCUGCUCAACGUGUGGUCAGGGAUUCGCUCAGUUAUCUAGCCUGAUGACGCACCAGCGAGUUUAUGCCGGGGAAAGGCCAUUCUCCUGCUUGGAGUGUGGGAAGGGCUUUGCUCAGUCAUCCCAUUUGCUGACACACCAGAGAGUUCACACCGGGGAGAGGCCGUACACCUGCUCUGAGUGUGGGAAGGGAUUCACUCGGUCGUCUGAGCUCCUGAGACACCAGCUAGUUCACACUGGGGAGAAGCCGUACACUUGCUCCGAAUGCGGGAAGGGAUUCACUCAGUCGUCUGAGCUGCUGAUACACCAGUGGGUUCACACCGGUGAGAAGCCGUACACCUGCUCCGAGUGUGGGAAGGGAUUCACUCAGUCAUCCGUAUUGGUGAAACACCAGAGAGUUCACACCGGGGAGAGGCCGUUCAUCUGCUCCGAGUGUGGGAAGGGAUUCAUUCGGUCGUCCCAUUUGCUGACACACCCGAGAGUUCACACCGGGGAGAGACCGUACACCUGCUCCGAGUGUGGGAAGGGAUUCAUUCGGUUGUCCCGCUUGCUGACACAUCAGAGAGUUCACACUGGGGAGAGGCCAUUCCGCUGCUCAGAGUGUGGGAAGGGCUUUGCUCGGUCAUCCCACUUGCAGGCACACCAGCGAGUUCACACUGGGGAGAGGCCGUUCUCCUGCUCAACGUGUGGGAAAGGAUUCACUGAGUUAUCCCACCUGAUGAUGCACCAGCGAGUUCACACUGGGGAGAGGCCAUUCUUCUGCUCAACGUGUGGGAAGGGAUUCAGUCAGUCAUCCAGCCUGAUGAAGCACCAGCGAGUUCACACUGAGGAGAGGCCAUUCUCCUGCUCAACAUGUGGGAAAGGAUUUACUCAGUUAUCCCAUCUUACAAGGCACAAGCGAGUUCACACUGGGGAGAAGCCAUACACCUGCUCAGAGUCUGGGAAGGGAUUCACUCGGUCAUCUGAGCUGCUGAUACACCAGCGGGUUCACACCGGGGAGAGGCCAUACACCUGCUAUGAGUGCGGGAAGGAAUUCACUCAGUCGUCCCAUUUGCUGAAACACCAGCGAGUUCACAUCGAGGAGAGGCCGUGCAUCUGCUCGACGUGCGGGAAGGGAUUCAGUUGGUCGUCUCAGCUGCUGAUACACCAGCGAGUUCACACUGGGGAGAAGCCUUACACCUGCUCUGAGUGUGGGAAGGGAUUCACUCGGUCGUCCCAUUUGCUAAGGCACCAGAUAGUUCACACUGGGGAGACGCCGUGCAUCUGCUCAACGUGUGGGAAAGGAUUCACUCAGUUAUCCAGCCUGAUGAUGCACCAGCGAGUUCACACUGGGGAGAGGCCAUUUUCCUGCUCAACAUGUGGGAAAGCAUUCAAUCAGUUAUCCAACCUGAUGAUGCACCAGCGAGUUCACACUGGGGAGAGGCCGUUCUUCUGCUCAACGUGUGGGAAGGGAUUCAGUCGGUCAUCCAGCCUGAUGAAGCACCAGCGAGUUCAUACUGGGGAGAGGCCAUUCUCCUGCUCAACGUGUGGGAAAGGAUUUACUCAGUUAUCCCACCUUACAAGGCACAAGCGAGUUCACACUGGGGAGAAGCCGUACACCUGCUCACAGUGCGGGAAGGGAUUCACUCGGUCAUCCCAUUUGCUGAGGCACCAGCAGGUUCACACCAGGGAGAGGCCAUUCAACUGCUUGACGUGCAGGAAGGGAUUCACUCGGUCAUCUGAACUGCAGAUACACCAUCGGGUUCACACCGGGGAGAAGGUGUACACCUGCUCCGAGUGUGGGAAGGGAUUCACUCGGUCAUCUGAGCUGCUGAUACACCAGAGUGUUCACACCGGGGAGAGGCCGUGCAUCUGCUCGAUGUGCGGGAAGGGAUUCAGUCGGUCGUCUCAGCUGCUGAUACACCAGCGAGUUCACACUGGGGAGAAGCCAUACACCUGCUCCGAGUGCGGGAAGGGAUUCACUCAAUCGUCCCAUUUGCUGAGGCACCAGAUAGUUCACACUGGGGAGAGGCCAUUCAUCUGCUCAACGUGCGGGAAGGGAUUCACUCAGUCAUCUCAGCUGCUGAUACACCAGCGUGUUCACACUCGGGAGAAGCCAUACACCUGCUCUGAGUGCGGGAAGGGAUUCACUCAGUCGUCCCAAUUGCUGAGGCACCAGAUAGUUCACACUGGGGAGAGGCCGUUCAUCUGCUCAAUGUGCGGGAAGGGAUUCACUCAGUCGUCGCAGCUGCUGAGACACCAGCGGGUUCACACCGGGGAGAAGCCGUACACCUGCUCCGAAUGUGGGAAUGGUUUCACUGAUUCGUCCAAUUUUUUGAGACACCAGCGAGUUCACACUGGGGAGAGGCCAUUCUCCUGCUCUGAGUGCGGGAAGGCAUUCCGUUGGUCAUCUGACCUGCUGAAACACCAGCGAAUUCACACUGCGGAGAAAGAUUAAACAUGCUGUAUGCUCAAUAUACAACCAUCACUUCCACUGAAAUCUAGCGCAAAUUCACAAGUGUUGCAGGUGUUCAUGGGGGUCAGAGUCUGUCGACGCUGCUGAUCUCGCCCAGGAUUGAACCCUGGUCAUUGGGCACUGUCGAUUUUCUUUUGUGAUCUCUUUAACUGAGUUGGAGUUCAAUGUUCUGGAUCUCUGAUGAAAAUGAAGCAGUUCUGUUUGAAACACUUUAUCUAAGGCCCUUCCUGUCUCUGCAAUGCACACAAUGAACAGUAUAAAGAGAGGCCAUUCAGCCCAUCUGGUGCCUUCCAGUGUUUCUCCUCCACACUAGCCUCCUCCCAUCUCACCCAGUAUGAAUAUUCAGAGGAAUAUAGAGAUGCAGCACAGAAAUGGGCCAUUUGACUCACUGAGUCUGCACUGAUUAUGCACAAGCCUUUUUGCAGCAGAUUCCAGCAUCUGCGGUCUUAUCGUGUCUGCAACUGCCAAAGAGCCAGACUGCGCCUGCUCCCCACUCGGCAGCCCGGCACAGUCCUCCGCCUGUGAUGAAAAACACUGUGAUGUUUGUGAGACACGAUUUCCCAUUCACAAAGCCGUGCUGACUGUCCCUUAGCAGUCCUUGCCUUUCCACACGCUGGUAGGUCCUGUCACUCAGAAUCCCCUCCAGUAAUUUCCCACCACUGAUGUUAGGUUCACUGGCCUGUGGUUCCCUGGCUUGUCCUUGCAGCCCUUCUGAAAUAAAGGCACACCCUCCAGACUUCUGGUAUCUCACCCCUGGCUAAGGAAGAUGCAAAUAACUCUGCCAGGGCCCAUGCAAUUUCUUUCCUAUUCUUCCUGCAAGGUCUUGGGAUGAAAUUGGUCAGGCCCUGGAGAUUUGUCCACCCUAAUAUGCUUUAAGACUGCCAGCACCUCCUCUUUUGUAAUGACGAUAUGUCCCAAGACAUCACGACUCGUAUCCCUUAAUUCCUUAGCUUGCAGGACCUCUGUGUAAAUAUAGAUGAGAAAUAUUCAUUUAAGAUCUCGCCCCUCUCUUGUGGUUCCACACACAGACGACAGCAUUGAUGCCUAAAGGGACCUAUUCUCUCCCUAGUUACCGUAUAUUGGGCUUCCCCUUUUCCUGUCUUCAGUUCUGAAGAAAGGUCCUGACCCCAAAACGUUGACCGCCUGCUUUUCUCCACGGAUACUGCCUGGCCUGCUGAGUUCCUCCAGCAUCAUCGUGUUUAUCAUCCAGAUUCCAGCAUCUGCCGUCCUUUGUUUUUCCAAUGUUACAGGUAGAUGAUCGACAGCAGAAGUGACCAGUUCGGAUACAAAGAGAGGCAAUGAGUUUCUAAGCAUUGAAUUUCCCUGCAUUUUUAAUUUUGUCUGAAGGGACCUUAUUCGUUCCUGAUAACCCACCAUAAGUCUUAGAUACUGAAGCAUCAUAAAACUGCUUCAAAUUAAAAAUUACAUCUAGUAAGUUCUUAUCAGGACUUAAAGGGAAGGUAUGUACUGGAGAUCGGAGAAAAUCUCUAAUUUGCAAAUAUCGAAAAAAGUGAGUUUUUGGCAAAUUAUAUUUCGUUGACAAUUGUUCAAACGUUAAGAAAUUUCCUCCAACAAACAGAUCCUGAAAACAAGUAAUACCCUAUCUUUCCCAUUCUUUAAAAACUUUGUCAGUAAUAGGUUUAAAGAAAAAAUUAGCAAAAAUGGGACGAGACAAAGAAAUCUCAAUAAACCAUAGUAUUUUCUAAAUUGUAGCCAAAUCCUCAAAGCAUGUUUAACUACCAAAUUAUCAGUUAGUUUAUUUAUUGAUAAAGGAAGUGAAGAGCAAAGCAGAGAAAUAAUAGAAAAUUUUUGAACAGAAUUAGCUUCCAAAGAAACCCACAGUUGACAGGCCUCAUGAUUAAUGUGAUGUAACCAAAAAGUACGAUUUCCUAUAUCGACUGCCCAGUAAUAAAACCUAAAGUUGGGUAAGGCAAAGCCUCCAUUAUUUUUAGCUUUCUGAAAAUGAACUUUAUUUAAUCUAGGAGGUUUAUUUUCCCAUAUGUAAGGAGAUAAUUGAGUCAAGAGAAUCAAAAAAAGACUUAGGAAUAAAAACAGGUAAAGCCUGAAAUAGAUACAUAAAUUUAGGUAAAAUAUUCAGAAUUAAUGCGGCCAAUCAACGAUCUAGAGAGGGGUGACCAAUUUGGUAAGACCCUUUUCACAUAAUUCAGUAAAGCAAGAAAGUUCUCUUUAAAUAAAAAAGUGUUUAUAAUUUUUAGUAAUAGUUACACCCAAAGAGGUAAAAUGAUUUCUUACAGUUUUAAAAGGAAGGUUAAUGUCGAAUGGCAUCAGAUUGUUCGAAGGGAAAAGUUCGCUCCUGUGUAAAUUCAUUUUAUAUCCUGAAAACUGGCUAAAACGGGAAAGUAAAGAAAGCAGAGAAGGUAACGAAGUCUCAACAUGAGAAAUGAAGAGCAGUAAAUCAUCAGCAUAGAGCGAAACUUUGUGUGUGGUACCUCUCCUAAAGAUACCGGCAAUAUCUGUAGAUUCUCGAAAAGCGAUAGCUAAAGGUUCUGGGACCAGGUCAAAUAGCAAAGGGCUCAAAGGGCAUCCCUGUCUGGUUCCACGUUGAAGCUUGAAAGGUUCAGAAAGUUGAAAGUUAGUAAGAACAGAAGGAGAUAAAUGAAGUAAUUUAAUCCAUUGAAUGAAAUCGGGCCCGAAGUUAAAUUUCUCUAAGGUUUUAAAUAAAUAACUCCAUUCGACCCGAUCAAAGGCCUUCUCGGCAUCUAGAGGGAGAAUAAAUAAUAUUCAAUAAAUGACGAAUAUUAAAAUGGGAAUAACGGUUUUUGAUAAGCCCCGUCUGAUCAUCAGAUAUAAUUGAUGGUAAAAUAUUUUCUAAUCUAUGAGCCAAAACCUUAGAUAAAAUUUUAACAUCAACAUUCAGUAAAGAAAUUGGUCUGUACAAAGAACAUUGCAUUGGGUUUUUAUUCUUCAUAAGAAUAAGUGAAGUGGAGGCUUCAUAAAAGGAUUGUGGUAACCUUCCCAAUUUGAAAGAAUCCGAAAAAACAAAACUUAAAUAAGGUAUAAGCAAUGAGGAGAAAGCCUUAUAGAAUUCUCCCAGAAAUCCAUCAGGACCCGGAGUCUUUCCAGAGUGCAUGAACUGUAUAACCUCGGCGAUUUCCUCAUGAGUAAUAAAUUUAUCCAAUUGUUUUCAAUUAGCAGCAGAGAGUGUAGAAAUAUGAAUUGUUCGAAAAAGUUGUUCAUUACAGUAUCAUCUUUAGGAGAAUCAGAAGUAUAAAGUUACUGAUGUUUGGCGUUUUUUACAUCCAGAAGACGGAAUACUCAUUUUUCUCUCAUGUUCAUCACACAUAUUCCAGGAUUGAUUUUUUUUUUAUUGACAGUCAAAUGAUUUCAUCAAUCAGAUCCUGUGAAUAGAAAGAGAUUGCUCUUUCAGACCAUGCUCCUGUGUUUUUAUCUUUAAAUCUCCCCGGACUCCCUCGAAUAAACAGAUCAUGGCGUUUUAAUCUAACUUCGCUAUCUGAUAAAGACUUCUUAAAAUUUUUGGAGAAACAAAUCACUUUCAUUUUUAAAGAGAAUACUCUAUUGUUUUUUUAACUGUACUACCUCAAUGCACUCUGUACCAACUCAAUGUAACUGCACUGUGUAAUGAAUUGACCUGUACCAACGGUAUGCAAAACACGUUUUUCACAGUACCUCGGUACAAGUGACA